GUCGAAGAGAAAGAAGCGCCAGCUCAGCUCGUGCAGCGAGAGCGCGCGUGCUCGUCGGAAACCGCCAGGAAGAACGUCCCAGCUGAAGCCACCGUCGGCCUGGGCGAUUGGCACCUGACUACUUUCCUCUCGGAAAACGCGCCCUACGUCAGCAGGUUCCGAUGGACUACAAACCGGAAUCUGCGCUGGUAAACAACGACCCUUCGGCAGUGCGGAGGAUCUGCUCCAUGCCAUCGCUCAACCUUCCUUGCACGCGGAGCGAAGAUACUCCCAUUUGCAUGUUGGUGCGUAGGCUCGGCUCGUACAACGAAGCCCUGUGGUACGCGGGACUCGAGCUAAAGGAGGAAAAGGACAAAGGUAUGGGCGAGCUGACGCUCGGCGUCGCCGAAGAUAGCCAGCACGAGCUGCCGUGGAAAUCGGCAGGCAUCGAGAGCGAGACCAUCGCGGUCAGCGUACUCGCCAACCUGCUUUCCCUCCACAGAUGCAUAGUGGCCGUCGAUCUCAACCACGUCAUAGCGAAACGACCAUUUCUGCUCAACUGGUUGCAGUACGGGCGCGGUGUGAGGAGCCUGACCGUCCGAGGAACGCCGCAGUACGACGAGAAUGUGAUAAAGGCCGUGGUGAACGUCCUGAACCCCUUGGACCGGCACAUGACGCCGCUUUUCGAGCAGUAUUACACCUACUCCGUGCGGAGGCCCACGCUCGUAGUGCCGCCGCCGCAAAAUGGCCGCGCCACAUUGACCUCCUUGGACGUUGCGGACCUGGACAUGAGUGGUCCCCGCGCCAGUCAAUUCAUCAUCAUGCUGCGUGACAACAGGACGAUCACCGAACUGGCAGUGGGAGCCUGUGCGUUCACCUAUGGCGGCACUGACCUGUCCGACGGAUUUCGCAAGUACUUGGCGCAGGAAGACUCGGUGCUUAAGAAGCUCACCAUCAGAACGACCGAUAUCAGCAAGCAAGCGCUGCGGUCACUGGUGAAAGCCAUCGCCGCCAUGACCAGCCUGGAGGAGCUGGUCGCCGACAUGGAUCUCUACAACGUCGAGGACAAGUCGCUCUUCGCCGAUAUCGUGGCUCGGAACAAGACGUUGCGCGCAUUGAGCAUCAUCUGGUUCAGGCCUUGCGUAGUGACAAGCAUUCUGCACGACGUAGAGCUCCCCGUGGGCAACGCCGGCAAGAGGAUCAGGCCCUGGCUCUUAACACUGCCCGACAUCACGACACUGUCGUCGCUCACCAUUGACCUCCUCGGCUUCACCGAGUACGAGUGCUGUGCAUUCUUUCGAGCUCUCGCGCGCAACACGUCACUGAGGAGGGUUACCGUGGGGCACCUUCCUGCACGAGGUUCCCUCAAGCAGAUCUGCCGCACGAUCAGGGAGUCCAGAAUGGCUGACAGAGUGAUCAUCGUAGACGUCCACGUGACCUUCGAGAACCUCGCCAUGCUUCCAGAAUGCCCGGAGGUCAAGUCGGUGAAAGUCAGCUCUCUCCACCUGAUCGAGCGGGACCACUUCUACAGGGCCUUCAACGACGUGCUAGUAGCCUGCCGCACACUAGUGACGCUUCAUGUGUGCGUGCACUCCCACUUCUUCGACCACGCUCUCCAGACAGCGAUGGCCGCUUACGUCGCCGGUGCGACCGCCCUCCGAGACUUCGAGCUCCACGUCUAUGCAGACACGCAGGAACGGGAGCUGGAUGACCUGCACGUUUCCGAGGGCCCCGAAAGCCCGCUUGCGAAGGCCCUUUCAGCACACCCGAGCCUUGUCAGAAUAGUGUUGAGAGAAAUGCGCCUGAACGAGCACGACUCUCGGUCGUUCGCCGAGGCAGUCCUCGGCAGCACCAGCCUCACUAAAGUGACGUUCGCGGCGCUCGGCGACAGAGGCAAUGAGGCCUUCCUAAGCUUUGUGAUGCCGCGCAUCGAGAGAAACUACAACCUGCUGCAGCUGAGCCUUCCCGGAUGCGCAGAUCGCGACAGCGAACUCAUGUUCAUCCGAAACAUCACGAGACGCAAUUCCAGUCUGGUAACGAGGGCAGCCCGUUUCGUGAUGGGCGAGCAGGACGUCUACUGCGCACGCGCCGUCGAGCUGGUGUCGGGCCACGCGUCGGUCGUGGAUAUGGUCAGCGAAAGGGCGGCCGUCGAAGCCGUCGAAGCGGCGGCGAUGAUUAGACGAGCCCUGGGCCUGCCGUGCCUGACGAGCCUGAGCGGCUUCAUGAAGAUGGCCGGGGUUGUCAGGCACCGGGUCGAGUGCUUCGGCGGACGGGGCCGCACGCUGGACCAACUGAACGAGGACUGCUGGCUGCACAUCAGGAAGUAUCUAAAGGUGGUGGACAUCGUGCACAGGAAGCGGUGAGCAAGGAGAGGCUUGGGCAAAAAAGAGGUGACGGGCCAAGUCCUUGCUCCUUUUAUAUUGCCGGCACCUACAGCAUGGAGCCUAUUUCUAGCUAUAGGGCCCGGCAGGUGUUGCAAAACAUAAGGCGCAAAUAAACAUGUGCUGCUUUGUUGAAAAGC